UUUUCCACUAAUUGCAGGUUUUAAUUAGUGAAAUGAAAACACGGACUGUUCUCUGCUGGCAGCACAGUUACAGACUCCCAGGUGGGGUGAGGGGUUUAUAAUUUUCCAGCCGCCCUGAAGGAGAGACUUAAAUGAAUGAGAAUGACACAGAACAAACAAAUUACAUGAUAUCUGUCUGUGCAGCUGUACAGGAGUCAAGGAACCGCUAGCAAGCUUGAGCAAAUAAACAGUUUACUGUGCACAACAACGUUUGGAGAACAAAACCUUUACCUGCCACAGAAACCACACCUAACAGGACAACGCGAGCACCAUUUCCGGGCUCGUCACCUCGGCUAUAGUGGAGCGGGACGUCGGUGUGAGGGGAGCGGGCAGCGGAGCGGUGUCAGUCCACAUACCGGGGCUGCUGGACGCGAGCAUGGCUGCGGGAAAGGGAGCUGGUAAACCCGCCUCCAUGUGGGACAAUAUGCGGGUACGGUUCAUGGUUUGCUUCCUCGGAGUCUUCGUCUGUUACUUUUACUACGGGAUAUUACAAGAGACCAUCACUCGAGGUGAAUAUGGUCAGGGAGAACAAAAGGAGAAAUUCAGAUUUGCACGGACACUUGUCUGCAUCCAGUGUAUUGUCAGUGCUUUGUUUGCUAAGAUCUUGAUCCAGUUUUUUGAGGGCUCCAAGCCGGAUCACACCAAGAGCUGGCUCUAUGGGCUGUGUUCCCUCUCUUAUCUUGGAGCCAUGGUGUCCAGUAACUCUGCCCUUCAGUAUGUCAACUACCCCACACAGGUGUUGGGGAAGUCCUGCAAGCCUAUUCCAGUGAUGAUCCUCGGUGUGACGAUACUGAGGAAGAAGUACCCGCUGGCUAAGUAUCUGUGUGUGCUGCUUAUUGUGAGCGGUGUGGCGCUGUUCCUCUACAAACCCAACAAGAGCUCAGCUGUUGCAGAUGACCAUGUGUUUGGGUUUGGAGAGAUUCUGUUGCUGGUCUCUCUGACAUUGGACGGUCUGACCGGCGUGGCCCAGGACCACAUGAGGGCUCGCUUCCAGACGACUGCCAACCACAUGAUGCUGAACAUCAACAUGUGGUCCACUCUGGUUCUGGGAGUAGCGGUUUUGUGGACAGGGGAGGUUUGGGAAUUCCUCAGUUUUACUGAACGCCACCCGAGCAUCAUCUACAAUAUCCUGCUGUUCGGACUCACCAGUUCUCUAGGCCAGACCUUCAUCUUCAUGACGGUGGUGCACUUUGGGCCUCUGACCUGCUCCAUCGUCACCACCACCAGGAAGUUCUUCACCAUCCUCGGCUCCGUUAUUCUGUUCGGCAACGUCAUGAGUUCGAUGCAGUGGACUGGCACCGUCCUGGUGUUCCUCGGUCUCGGACUGGAUGCUAAAUUUGGCAAAACCCCCAAGAAGACAACACACUAAAACAUAUGGAGAAAAAGAUGGAAAGACUGCAAAAUGGAAACACUCUAUAGCCAGUAUCUUAUUUUCAUAAGACAUCUUGUACAGGCAGACUGUAAUGCCUAUGAUUUGUUUAAGUUCGGUCAGAUUUUUAACUUAACUGUAUUUAAAAAGAGAGUCCAGCUUCUGUUGGGUACUGUUGAUAUGUCGGAGAGAUGCAUUUUACUUGGGAUCAAGUCCUGAAUGAACUGUGACAAGCCAAUUACUCUUUUUUUUUUUUUUUUUUUACCACAAGAUGCUCCUCUGUUGUGGAGGGUUUGGACUAGCUGAAAGACGCAGGUGAUAAAUACUGUAUUUAGACAAAUCUUUAUGUUUCUGAAACCAGCUCACCUCCCUUGGAUGGAUGUUGAAACCAAACAACGCCUAAGACAUAACGUUUCCAGCAUUUAAACUCAUGAACUUGCCACCAAAUAGGGCUUUGUUUACAAGUCGUUGCUUGAAUAUGUGUAACUAUCACACAUUUUUAUUUCUUGGCAAACAAUCAGCCAAGCAUCAUGUCAUUUAUAAAAUAUAAAUGGUUCUAUGUAGCCUGUCGUCCAAUCUUACUAUUAAACUGUUUUUACUUUUAUUUUCUACAAGUUGAAAAUGACUUACCAUAAAAGGGAAAUUGUGAUA